AUGGACACCGAGAAGCUGCAGUUGGUGAAGGAGCUGCACAAACCAGCUAGACGAAAUUACGAACGUCGACAUUUCGAUAUUCGUGACAUUGAUGAGACCUGUCAAGCUGAUCUUGUUGAAAUGCGACCAUACGAGAGAAAAAAAUUUAAUUCAGGCAGUAUGCCCCCUUUGGAUAGGGUAGGUUCGAACGCGAACCGAAAACGAACAAGAAAACUCGAUGUCCAUCGAAAUUAUCAUCGCGAAAAUCCCGAAAAGAGAAUCCACUAUGAGAGAGAGGUUAGAUUGUCACGUGUUCGCUCUUCUCCAAGUUCUUCCUCAUACUCAGAUUUUUCGCGAAGAGGUUACACGAGUCGCUAUGCUCGCAGUCCAUCUCCUGCAGAAAGAUAUCGCGAACAUCGGCAUCGUCCUCGGGAACAUCGAAGAGACUACGAUAGAUAUGAUUCUCAUCGUCAACGAAGUCCAACUCGUCAUUAUAAACCUGAUCGUUAUCCGAGAGAAACGACGGUUUCAAACAGUGCCAGAUCUGAUCGCUAUCUGCGAGAAGCGACUGAUCAAGAUCAUCAAAAAUCCGAUCGUUAUCCGAGAGAAACGACGGAGUACUCAGACAGAGAUUCUGAGUCAUCUUCAGAACACUAUGACGCUUCGAGUGAGUUCGAGAGCGAGGAUUCUGAUGAUCCAGGAAUUCCACCAGAACACGAGUUUCUAGAGGAAGGAGACGUCCAAUUAACAGCACAGGAAAAGAUUGGAAUGGCAAUUUAUGCAGUUGGCGCGGCUUUGACGACUAUCUUUAAUUCAGGAGGGAAGAAGGACAGUAAUGUAGAGUCCUAUCUUAGCGAUGUUGGUAGUAUUUUAUCGGAGCUGCAUUACAAUAUCUCUAUUACCAGACGCUCAUUUAUCGACCUCAACAAUUCCAGCAGCGGCGCCGUUAUUAGGGUUGACGACGAUGGCCCCAAAGACCCAGCAGUCCCAGAAGAUCCCGAAUUUUCAGCACUCUCAGCAUGCGUCUGA